UCUUUUACAGGAAGCCUCGUCGUGGUCGUGGUGCCGCAUCUGCAGCAACUGGAGGUGGUACUCGACCGAAUGGCUACCAUUCGUCGGGUGGUACUCGUGGGCGAGGAGUUGGUAGGCCGCCAUUGCGAACUGUAACACCUGCACCUCCUCCGCCGCCACCCAAAUUCGUCCUACACGAUGUGAUAUGUCCGCAUACGACAGCGUAUUUAGGUGCACUCAGCCUUCCCAAAUUUGCGUCGGUUCAACCCGAAGGCGAAAUAAAGGAGGAAGAAAUAGCCGACUGUGAUGAGGAGAAGCCAUCUACUUCGAAAGGUGAUGGUAUUAAAGAAGAAGUCUCAGACGAAAGAAGCGAUUCUGGAUCGGGCUCGAGCGUGAUUCUGCUCGAAAACGGAGAAUGUGAUAGUACAAAGGAAAAAACGGGUGAUGAAAAUAAAGAGAAUGGUGCGACAACCUCAAGAGAUAGUUCAGAGGUGUCAAAAGAAGAGUCAACCGAGGAU